AUGAAUACUCGGGCCCUUCUACUACUAGUAUCCGUAUUCCCAUCCCUAAUAUCAUCCACCGUUCAGGCGAUAUCACUUCCAUUGCCAGUGCGAGUCAUCCACCAAUUCUCCCUCCCCACCUACCUUAACAGCAUCUUCGUCCGACCAAACGGCGAUAUCUACGUCACAACGGUCUGGCCAAAUGCAUCCAUAUACUGCAUCUCCGGCGCAAAUACAGACAUGCCCACCGCCUCCCUCAUCCACACCUUCGACGAGAUAAACGCCGCAACCUCCAUCGUCGAAACAGAGCCCGACGUCCUAGCCUUCGUAGGAGGCAAGCAGAGCAGCCUGGGCAUGGGCAUCCCCGGCACAUUCAGCGUAUGGGAGCUCGAUCUCCGUCCGCAAGCCAAGGGCGCCGGCGCACCCAUCAUCCAAGAACUCGUCCGCAUCCCGGAGGGCGGCCUCCUGGCUGGGAUCGAAGCGCUCCCCGGUUCACGAACCACGGUGCUCGUGAGCGAUUCGACAAUGGGGCUGGUAUGGAGGGUGGACACACGCAGGCGCAGAUACGAGCUCGCCAUCAAGGAUGCCGAGACCAUGCAUUUCCCCCCGUGGGCCGUGACGCCGUUCGGCAUAAACGGCCUCCACAUUCAUAAUGGGUACCUCUACUGGUCGAAUAGCUACCUGGCGUCUGUGUAUCGCAUUGCGAUCUCGAAGGAAGGGUAUGUGGCCCCUGGAGCGAAGGGUGAGCUGGUCAAGAGAAUCCAGGCGAUCUACCUUGAUACGUUUUGCCUCGGGCCUAGGGAUAACGACACCAUUUGGGGUGCAACUGACGCGGAUAACCGGCUCGUUGCAAUCACGCCGGAUGGGACCGCGACUUUUGUUGCGGGCGCGCCGGACGAGAUGACAUUGGCGGGAUCGGUCGCGCCGGGGUUUGGCACGCUUCCUGGCGACACCAAUACGCUGUAUAUUGCAACCUCGGGGGCGAUGGUGUUCCCGGUCAAUGGGACGAUAGUUGAGGGGGGAAAGGUUGUCGCCGUCGACACGUCGGGCUUCCUCGCGGCGGAUGACGAAACCAGGAAACAAUCCUAUCAGCAUGAAUAA